GCGUGAAAUCCAUUACAGACUCAGUCCCUUUCGAUCUCACUUCGUUGUUGGCGCUCAGAAUUCUGAUCUGGGUUUUGGAUUCAGAUUUCUCAAGGCUCUUAGGACCUGACCCUGGGUCCUGGUUACUUCCUGUGAUUGCUGAAAGCUAAGAGUGUAAGUGCUUUCUUCCCCGUCUGCCGCUUCCCCGGAAACUUUCUAGAUCCAUUUGUUUGCAAGGUUUACAACAAGGUGGCUGGUUGGGCUUCUCGGGGAAGGAGAGAUGUCCCUGUCCUGCGGCGUGAGUCUGCUCUCUCUAGUUCUGCUUGCCUUGGGUCAAUCUGAGAAACUGAGCAAGAAAGAGCCCGCUCAGAAUAGGAGGCACAUAGUAAGAAAUAGGAGCCACUGUGAACAAGAGAGCAGCCCGGCUUAAGAAAUCGUCGGGGCUGGGUGGAGUAAGAGAAGGCACAUGUUGGAAAUUCUCUCCUAGAAGUACCGCCUCCCAAAACGCGUCAGGUCAAACAAACGGCCCCCAAACUUGUGCUUGGAAAAGAGUACCAGCUGCCCAGAGUCCUAGCCUUCCGAGACCCUGCUACCUUCUCCACCCCCACAGGGCCGGAAACUGUGUCCCUCCGCCGCCUACGUGGGUUGCCUAGGUGGGGGCCGAGCGCUUGAUAACUUCAGUCUCCCGGCGGACCAAGAGAGUUCAGCGCGAGUUCGGUGCUUCUAGUCCCACCUCAGGGCCUUGUGCAGCUUUAAUGAAGUAUACCAGGCAGUCGACAGAGCGGGCAGGGUUUCAUCUUGGUGCUACCCAUGCUGAGUGAGGAGGGCUACAGAAUGUUCCAAAGUCAUUUCCAUCCUGUUUGAGAACUCCUGCUUCUCAAGAAGUUGCUUGUUGGAUAGGAGCCCCCCUUUGAUGAGAGUCCCCUGGGGUCUGUGACCCUCCUCUGUCCUGCAAUGGCCUCCAACGACCAGAAUGGCGGCAGUAUCUCCUCUUCCAGCAGCCGCCUGCAGAGCCGGAAGCCGCCCAACCUCUCCAUCACUAUCCCGCCCCCAGAGGUCUCAGCCCCAGGUGAACAGGACAACAUGCUACCUCCUGAGAGACCUAGGAAUCCAGCCUAUUUGAAGAGUGUGAGUAUGCAAGAGCCUCGAGGACGAUGGCAUGAAAACAAUUCAGAUCGCCGUCCUGGCUUUCGUCGCCAGGCUUCUUUGUCCCAAAGCAUCCGAAGGGGCACUGCACAGUGGUUCGGUGUCAGUGAGGAUUGGGAUGGAAAGAGACAGAACUGGCAUCGGAAGAGUCUCCACCACUGUAGUGUACGCUAUGGGAAACUGAAAGCCUCCUGCCAAAGAGACCUGGAGCUCCCCAGCCAGGAGGUGCCUUCUUUCCAGGGCAUUGAGUCCCCCAAAACCUGCAAGAUGCCCAAGAUAGUGGAUCCACUUGCCCGGGGCCGAGCAUUCCGACACCCAGAUGAGGUGGACCGGCACCACCCCCCACUGCCACCACUGACUCCAGGUGUAUUGUCCCUCAGCUCCUUUACCAGUGUUCGAUCAGGUUACUCGCACCUCCUCCGUCGAAAGAGGAUGUCUGUGGCACAAAUGAGCUUUCAUGCUGCAGCUGCUCUCCUCAAGGGCCGAUCUGUACUGGAGCCCGCAGGCCAGAAGCGCCGGGUGAUCAAACGAAGCUUUGCCUGCCCCAGUUUCCAUGAAGAGGAUGUGGUGGAUGGAGUGGACACAUUUGACUCCUCAUUUUUUAGUAAGAUUGAUAUGCAUGAGAUGGGUUCGAUGCCUGAUGAUGUCUUUGAGUCACCCCCACUCUCUGCCAGCUACUUCCGAGGGAUCCCACGCUCUGCUUCUCCCCAGUCCCCUGAAGGUCUACACAUUCCCCUGAAGGAUUACACCCAGGUGCCAGCUCCAGCCACCAAGCGGGGCCAGCGCAUUGCCUCCAAGGUUAAACACUUUGCCUUUGACCGGAAAAAGCGACACUACGGGCUGGGCGUGGUAGGGAGCUGGCUGAACCGGAGCUACCGACGCAGCAUCAGCAGUACCGUGCAGCACCAGCUAGAGAACUUUAGCAGCCACCGGCCAUACUUUACUUACUGGCUGACUGUUGUGCACAUCCUGAUCACGCUUCUGGUGAUUGGCACCUAUGGCAUUGCCCCUAUUGGGUUCGCUCAGCAUGUCACCACCCAGCUGGUGCUAAGGAAUAAAGGUGUGUAUGAGAGCGUAAAGUACAUCCAACAAGAAAACUUCUGGAUUGGCCCAAGCUCGAUUGAUUUGAUCCACUUGGGGGCCAAGUUUUCCCCAUGCAUCCGGAAGGAUCAGCAAGUUGAGCGGUUGAUUCAGCGGGAAAGAGAUCAAGAACGGAACUCAGGCUGCUGUGUCCAGAAUGACAACUCGGGCUGCAUCCAGACUCAACGGGCAGACUGCUCAGAGACUUUGGCUACUUUCAUUAAAUGGCAAGAUGACACUGGUCGUCCCAUGAACAAGUCUAACUCAAGCUUGAGCCGGACAUCAGCGGUUGUUUGCCACCAGGACCCCAGGACAUGUGAGGAGCCAGCCUCCAGCGGAGCUCAUAUUUGGCCAGAUGAUAUCACCAAGUGGCCAAUCUGCACAGACCAGGCCAAGAAUAAUCACACUGGUUUCCCUCACAUGGACUGCCAGAUCAAGGGUCGCCCGUGUUGCAUUGGUACAAAGGGCAGCUGUGAGAUCACAACCCGGGAAUACUGUGAGUUCAUGCAUGGCUAUUUUCAUGAAGAAGCAACACUCUGUUCUCAGGUACACUGCUUGGACAAAGUAUGUGGUCUUCUGCCAUUCCUGAACCCUGAAGUCCCUGAUCAGUUCUACAGACUGUGGUUGUCCCUGUUCCUCCAUGCUGGGUUGGGGCAUUGCCUCGUGUCUGUGCUCUUCCAAAUGACCAUCCUGCGGGACCUGGAAAAAUUGGCAGGCUGGCUCCGAAUUGCCAUCAUCUUUAUCCUCAGUGGGAUCACAGGCAAUUUAGCCAGCGCCAUCUUCCUUCCAUAUAGAGCAGAGGUGGGCCCUGCAGGCUCCCAGUUUGGCAUCCUGGCCUGCCUCUUUGUGGAACUCAUCCAGAGUUGGCAGCUCCUGGAAAAGCCCUGGAAGGCGUUCCUGAACCUGUCAGGCAUUGUGUUCUUCCUCUUCAUCUGUGGGCUCCUGCCUUGGAUCGACAACAUCGCCCACAUUUUCGGGUUCCUCAGUGGCCUGCUCCUCUCCUUUGCUUUCCUGCCUUACAUCACCUUUGGCACGGGAGACAAAUACCGCAAACGAGCCAUGAUCCUGGUGUCCCUGGUGAUCUUUGCAGGUCUUUUUGCCUCCCUUGUCAUCUGGCUGUAUGUCUACCCCAUCAACUGGCCCUGGAUCGAAUACCUCACCUGCUUCCCCUUCACCAGCCGAUUCUGUGAGAAAUAUGAGCUGGACCAGGUGCUACACGGAUGAGCUUUCCUCAUCCUGGACUCCAGGCCUGCUGAAGGAUGGGAAGUGUCCCCUUUUGGGUAUCUGGUGCCACCAAAGUUUGAGCCAUUCAAGAGGAGAAGAUGGAGAGCUCCGUGGAGUUUACCUUUUCCUCUGUUGGGAGGCUCCGUGAAAGUGGGUGGUUAAAUCCUCCUGGAGUCAGAGGGCACUCAUGGGCAGCUCCUACAAGAGGGUGGGGGCUGCAGCUGCUUGGUGUGGAGAAGUUGGGCAAGAGGCAUUUUGGGAGGUGGAGACCCCACUUUCUCUUAUAUCUUCAUGUUCUUCACUGAGGCCUUAGGGAAGGCCCAGGCAGCCUUCUCCUAGGAAGCUCAGGUUACACAGGCUCACGUCCCUUUGCCUUCCCUACACUGCCGUUAGGAGGCCAGAAAAUCUUCCUCCAUCUGAGAUUAUUGUAGAUGACUUUUCCACCUUAGCCAUAGACUGUCCUGUGCCUUCUCUCCCUUUAAUCCAUUCCCAGCCUUAAGAGGCCUUUUCAGUGCAAGGUCUCUCCUGCCAAAGCUGCCUUAAACCAUGAAGAUGUCUGAAGGGUCAGAUUCUGUUCUUUAACCUUCCCAUCCUCAAACUUUUCAAUGGUAGUUGGGGUUGUCAUGCUUUCCCCAUCUUCCCUGUCUUACUGCCUCACCCCCUGCGGUUCUGAAGAGUUGUCUUGGGGUUAUAAGCCUUUCUUAAGGAAAGUAGGAAGUUUGUUGGAUACCUUUAAGAGAGAGAAAAGGGGAAGGACAGAGACAGGAGGAAAAGAUUAAGAAAGAAAAUUACUGCUUAGGAGGGAAUGGCUGGAUCUGGGAGUUGGAGGCUGCCUCUGAUUCUGUCCUUCACCUCUUCUUUCCCUUUUUCCCCCUUCAACUGACUGAGAUUCUUCAGCAACACUCCCCAGCCCCAGUAGCUUUCUACCUCACAAUAUACCCGGUGAUGAGGAUGGAAUCUGGCUAGCUUUGGGGAGCUGAUUCAGAUUUGGAGAGUUCCUUUUUUUUUUUUUUUUUUUUUACUGGUUCGUUUUGGAAUUAUCAUUUUUAAAACUUAUGCCAGUUCAGUGAUAACUGUUAUGGACAGUAUCACUAAAUUAAAUAUUCUUUAUAGAAAACAAA